UAACGCGUGAAUAAAUGCAAGUAUGCAAACGUCAAAGAACGAUUUAAAGUUGGCUCUCCCGAAGCUGUACCACGACUUGCUUCGCGACUUUGUUUGCAGCGUCUUUGAAGAACAGCCAGAGGAUUUGGUAGAUUAUGCAGCAGAGUAUUUCGAAAAUAUAAAUAACACGGAAAGCCUAAAAACCCGAUACGUGAUGAAGACCAAAGCUACAUCAUUUGAUGAAGAUGGAGAUGAUUUGGAGGAGCGGCCAGUGAUCAAAUCACGAGGAAGGAGGCAAGCGGUGGCAGCCCAAUCUUACGAUCCAACUGCCGAUGAUGAAACAGAGAUUGUUAUGCACGACAAAUCUUCUCAACAACUCGAAACGCUUAAAAACGACGUGAAAGGAAUCCUGCUGUUUAAAUCAAUUGACAGUGGCCAACUGAAAACUGUUCUAGGCGCAAUGUUUGAACGAGUUGUCAAGGAGGGGGAAGUCGUCAUCAGACAAGGGGACGAUGGCGAUAAUUUUUAUAUUAUCAGCGAAGGAAAAUACGAUAUUUACGUGAAGGACGGCAAAAAUGAUAAAUUGGUUGCACAACUAGAUGGAAAAGGCAGUUUUGGCGAGCUUGCACUGAUGUACAACUGUCCAAGGGCUGCCACUAUUAUUGCAAAAUCUGAUGGCAAGUUAUGGUGUUUGGACCAGGCCGCCUUUCGAAAGAUCAUUGUUACGGCACAGGCGAAAAAGCGUAAGAUGUUUGAAGAUCUGCUUGAAAAUGUUCCGAUUUUAUCAGAGCUCACGCCUUAUGAGAGGAUGAAUCUUGCAGACAGUUUAGAUACCCAGAAGUUUGAUGAUGGCGAUAGAAUUAUAGAAGAGGGGGCUGAGGCUCAUAAUAUGUUUUUCAUUAUGGAGGGUACUAUUCGCGUAACAAUACGCGAUAAAAACAACCAGUCGGAAGAAAAGGAAGUUUUAAGGCAACAUGCUGGGCAAUACUUUGGGGAACUCGCUUUGGUAACAAAAAAACCGCGCGCCGCUUGUGUUUACGCGGUCGGGCCUGUGACAGUAGCCGUUCUCGACUCUGGCGCCUUCGAAAGACUUCUCGGACCAUGCGUUGAUAUUAUGAAGAGAAAUUUCGAUAGCUACGAGAAAGUUCGACAGCAGCUUGGUAUAGAAAAUUGAGCGUUUUUAUUAAAAAGACCUCGCAUACCAUACAUUCCCUUCUUAAUUUGGAAAAUAAGCUGUCAUGUAGACGAUUUAAACGUUAACCCUAAUUUUCAUUACACAUUUUUAUUCUGGAAUGUCGACCUUGGUGAAUCAUCAACAAUUUUGGUGUUUGUUAGAAAGGCCUUGAAAGAAUCAUGCCAACUAUCAGAUUUUUCUUCACAAAAAGUAUUCCCAUGUCAACUGUGAAAGGCAAACCGUGUGUCCCUUGUAUAAAACGGAUAAAUUGCAAGAAAUUGUAUUUUCACUGUUAAUACAUAUCACUUUAUAUGCAAUAAGUCACUCCAAUAUCUCCA